AUGGUGAACCGCUAUUUUCGAAUCCUGGAGCACCUCGCCACGACGGACGAUGCCCUGGUGGGCAUCCCCCCGGCGCCGGCAAGCAACAAGCAGCUUCGGGGGCUGCUCAAAGGCCUGAAGAAGAUCGAGUCCGUGAUCAAGGUCCUCCAAGGCAAGGGCGAGAGUUUGCUGGAUGUGCACGUGUGGUUCGACGGCUUAAUCCCAAUUAUGAGACAGUACGUCACGUAUCUCGGGCCCCGCGCCGACAUUGUGCACAGACCUGACUUUGAGUCGGGCUGCGUUCGGGUCCUGGAAGGGAAGACGAGCCGCCCCACGCGAGGCGAGAAAGCUGCCUUGCACCCGUUCCGCUGCGAGGAUGCGAGCGACCGACCUAAUGGCCAAGACGCAGAGAGCGGUGAUAAGGGCUCAUUCGUAGAUCGGCUCCAAAAGCGACACCGCUUAGCAGCGGUGGAGCCUAGAUACGAGCUGCUGGGGGAACCCUUCCUACGUCUAACGUAG